AUGUUUAUUGGUCUGUUUACCGUUUGCACCGUAUUUUAUAUUGGUUACUCAAAGAAAUUAGCUAUCAUCUUACCUCAGAUACUAUUUCAAUGGUUUGGCUACGCUAUUACAGCAACACAUUCAUUGUAUGUAACGAUUGCUAUUAUAUCAUUGUUUUGUUUCUUACUGGGUACUCGUCGUGUAUUUAAAUGGCCAAUAUUUUUAUUUUUUAUUUUAUUUGUUCUUACUGAAUUAUUUCUUUAUAUAUUAUUACGAUAUUUUAUUCGUUUACUAGAAUCAAUAUUUAUUCGGCCAUCAACAUUGAAUAAUGCUGAAAAUUAUGAAGAAUGGUAUGAAUAUGCUUGUAAAACUGAUAAAUUACAUGGCAGAGAAAGUUGGAAAGCAAGCUCUGAAUCAAAAUAUUAUCAUGCAAAUUUAACUCGAACAUUUACUGAUGAACUGAAAAGUAAUCGAGAAGUGAAGGAUAUCGAAAAACUUAUGAAAACAUUACAAACAUGUAUUAAUAAAAGUAUGAAUGGGAUUCUUAAUGAACAUUUAUAUUCAAAAAGCUUCGUUGGAACAAAAUAUGUGAUAGAAGAAUACAUUCAAGAGAUUGUCCGUAGUUUAAAAUAUCUAACGGAACAAGCUCAGUUACUUGACAUCUGCGAAACGUAUCCAACACAUGUUUUAGCAUCGCCAACUGAUUAUUUUAUCACGACUACCGAAGCCGAAGACAAGUACCUUAUCUGUGCAGAUGAUGAUUGUUCACCUUUAUUAACUAGUCCUAGUACAACAGAGCGUCUUAUAAAUACCAAUGUCAAUAGUGAUUAUUCUGAAUUACAAACUUCAUUUUCUGAACAAACUAUCGACGUUUUAACAACUGAUAACUCGUCUACGGGAACUCUAUCAGCUGAAUCUGUAUUAAAAGCUUUAAAAGCUAUGAAAUCUCAUUAUGGUGCAACGGCACUAUGUUUGUCUGGUGGUGCUGGAAUUGGUCACUAUCAUUGGGGAGUUGUAAAAGCACUUUUAUCUUCCGGUUAUUUACCUAAAGUAAUUAGUGGUACAAGUAGUGGAGCCGUAGUCGCAGCCGUUGUUUGUACAAGAUCAGAUGACGAACUACGAUUAACGUUACAAGCUGAAAUAUUAUUACCUCAUUUGAAUUGUUUUGAUGCUCCUUGGUUUGAUCGAAUUAAGCGUUACAUUAAAUGUCAAGCUAUGUUUGAUCAAGAUGUUUGGCUAGAAAAAUUGCAAUGGUUUGCUGGAGCAGAUGGAUUCGGAAAAGUUGGCUUAACUUUCAAAGAAGCAUAUGAAAAAACGGGCCGUAUAUUAAAUAUCACCGCUACAAAUGCACGAAAACAUUCUCCGCCAGUUUGUCUCAACUAUCUAUCAACUCCAAAUGUAACAAUUGCUUCAGCUGUAUUAGCUUCAGCAGCUGUACCCGGUUUAAUUCAUCCAGUUCAUUUAAUUGAGAAAAUAGUGACUAAAAAUGGACAAAUAAAUUAUCGCCCUUUACAUGGUGGGCGAUUGAAAUUUCGAGAUGGAAGCUUUGAAAAUGAUAUACCAUUAAAUAGGUUGUCAGAAGUAUUUGGAUGUAGUUACUUUUUAGUAAGUCAAACAAAUCCACAUAUUAUUCCUUUCUUUUUUAAUGCGCGUGGACAAGGUGGUCUACCAUCAGGCUGGCGUUUACGUGGAGGAGCCUAUCGCGGAGGAUUUUUAUUAGCAGCUACUGAAUUACUUUUGAAAGAAGAUAUGAAAAAAAAUUUACGAGUAAUGGGAAUGUUAGAUUUAUUACCUGCUGUAUUUGAACAAGAUUGGUCUUUCUUAUUUUUACAACAAUUUGAAGGUCAAAUAACUAUGGUACCACACGCACGAGUCAUUGACUAUGUUCGAUUGAUUAGUGAUAUUAAAGAUGUUAAAGCACUUUUACACUAUCUUCAAGAAGGAAAAUUAAUGGCUUGGAGAAAAUUUAGUAUGAUUAAAAACAGAGAGAUAAUUAGAUUAACGUUAGAAGAUUGUAUACAUAAGUUAGAAAAUAAAACAUAA